UAAUGAGGAAGUAGGCGCACCUGAUAUACCUGGUAUAUAAACCAGAAACGUGCACGGUUCUUAAAACAUAAGAUUGUGAAGGUCCGCUUUAACAGUUGUAGAGUAUGAGUAUGACAACCGCGAUGAAGCACCUUUGUGUUGCGCUUGCAUUCGUGAUGGCUUUAGAAUGCUGCGGCGUUUUAGGUAGACUUGAUUGGGUUAAAGUUGUGAAGCGUCCGGCGUGCAAGCGUUUCGACGUCACUGUGUAUAUCGACUGUGAUAAACCUCUGAUUUUGUACCGCCCCUCCAACAGCCAGUUUUCCAUGUUGUGCCGUUACUGUAGAGAAGGGAUUAAAAGAUACUGGUCCAGAGGAAUUUCCUAUGCUGGAAGUACUUGGAAAGUGAAUGUCAACACAGUUUUAAGAAGCAGAGGUGACAGGAAGAAAAUUAAGCUUCAGUGGCGAAAAUCAUCUAGUCGUUCACACAAUUCUGACAUCUUGAAAAUGACGGUGAAAUAUUUGAGCAAGAGAAGUGAUGCUGCUGCCCUCUUCAAGGAGACCUGCGCUCAUGAGAUCGGCCAUUCUUUUCUCAGAGAUGCCCACGGCAUUAAAUACAGUUGGGGACAUAAAGGUACCUCAAGCAUCUUUGGAGGAAGAAAAUCAAGUGCGCCAUCUUACCCCAGCAGCGGAGAGAUAGACCUGAUGAAGUACUACAAGGGCAGUGCCAGUAAUUUCUAUAACAGAGUGGUCGCCGCCGAAAGUGAUGUGGAGGAUUUAGUGUUCAAAGUUAGAGACAGUUACACCACUAAUUCUGGUAAAUGUUGAUUGUCAGGCUUUCCCUUUACCUUUUGAGAAAAGCUGAAGGAACGUAUUCGAACAGAACUGGGACGCUUUUGAGAAGAGUGCAAAACUAUAACUGUAACUCUUUUUAGAGGUUGUAUACCAGACUUUUCCGAGACAAACCAACCUCCAUUAAAGCUAUUCCAAAUAAUAAGAAUCUGUCACACAGAUAUUUCUCUAUUUCUGUGCACAUUUCAGUGCUGUCCAGCGAUAAUAUCUACAUUAAAUUUGACGCUAUUACUCAACUGUCUGGUAAGCACAGGGACAGAAGGUCUCAGUCUCGUUAAGAGAACUAGAAUUACGCAGACGAUUUUGGCGUAUUUAAGACUAACAUUUUAACAAAAUAUAAAUUUAUAAUAAUCCAUACGCCAAACAAAAUGGUUUUCAUAUCAAUAUCUUUUA